CGAAAUCUGUCACGUACAGCAACUGAGUGUAUCAUCAGAAGUCAAAAAGCAAUGCAACAACUAACAAGUCAUAUACAUACUUUUUUCAAAAGCUAAGCUUUCUAAGUAUAUGUCAAACAAAUUUUGACGAGAUAUUUAAAAUUUCUUAUAUCAAAUGGAUAAUCUUGAUUCACAUUAAUGCAAUUUUGUUCCUUGUGAUAUCUCAUAGAGUGAGUUUUUAAAUGAUGCCAUUUGAAAAAAACUAAUAACAGCAAACAUGAGUGACGAUAGUGAAGAAUCAUCCAAUGAAGAAUAUUGGGAUAACUUGGAUAAAAGAGCUGAUGUCCCUCUCAACAAAUACUCCAAAUCCAGUAUAAAGUUACUAAUAAGUAGUUUAAAACGUUUGUUAAAACUUGCAAACGAAUCAUAUAAAAAGAAUAGUAUGGAAGACGCUUAUGUAUACUACAAAAAAUGGAUGAAACUUUUGAAUUAUAUAAAAACAAAAGAAAAAUUGGACAAACAUACAGUGGCUCAAUUUUGUCCAACAGAAGAUAUAGAAGAAGCUAUAAAGAUUUUUAAAGCGGUGAAAAUGAAACUAAAAGACAAACUUAAAGCUGAUGAAAAACUUAGAAAAAAAGAAAGGCAACGUAAACCAAAUCCUCAGUUAAAUACAAUUGUUAAUCAUGAUGAAAAUUUAGGAGAAAAGUUGAUACAGAAUAAAUUGAUUGAAAUGGAAUGUACAGAAUUAUUCAAAAAAUUAGAAAGUAGUAAAGACAAAGUUCUUAUAAUUGACUUGAGAAAAGAUGAUGAAUAUAAUUUGGUGAAAAUAAAGAAUUCAAAUGUUAUUCAUUUACCAGAAAAGUCCAUAAAAGCAGAAAAAAAAGUAAAUGAGUACAUAUCUGACCUCAACAAAGAAGCUGAAUUGAGAUUCAGAGCUAUAUUUUUAACAACAACAAUUAUAGAGCUAAUUGUACUCAUGGAUACUAGUUCUGAUACUAUCAAAGCAAAUACCCCUUUAAGUUGGUUCAGGAACACAUUAGGUUCAUGUGAAGAAACUCGUCAGCAGAUAGCGAUACUGAAGGGAGGAUUUGCAGAAUGGGUAGAUACUUUUCCGCAUAUGGUUAUCAGAUCCUCUUUUCCAAGUAAUAAUACAUCUCAAGAUAGCGAUUGGGACAAUAUUGAUUUUCUACCAAAUGGAACUUUAAUUAAACAAAAUAAGUCUACUGACUCACAAAAAACAUCGAUUAAUAGCAAUACAAUUUUUACGAAUAGUCAUACUUUUCAACCAUCACCUGUGUUACAUAAUGACUCCAUGGGAAUUAAAGCUAAAAAUUAUCCAGAAUUUAGUGCUCAGGCUGAUGUAAGCAGUAAUUUUCAACCCUCGCCUGUGUUGAUUAAAGACUCUAUAGGAAUAAAAGCAAAGAAUUAUUCUGAAUUUAGUGCUCAUAAUGAAAAAAACAACCAAAAAAAUAAAUCACAUGACACUCCAUAUUAUGAUCGAUCAUUGAAGCCAAAAGCUACUUUUAAAAUCGAAAAAGAAAUAGAUAAGUUACAAAUAAAUAAAUCUUGGGAUAGAGAGCAGCAUGUUGUUGAAAACAAACUUUCGGAAAAUAAGGGCCAUACACAAGUAUAUAUUGAAAAAAAAAUUUACCCAACGCUAGAUUUUGGAUCGAAAGUUCCUAAAUCUCAAGUUGUGAAAUCAGAUAAUCGAAAAAUAAACAAAGAAAAUAUUCAGUAUCCUUCAAAGCCAAUUGAACCCGCACUUCUCUCAGGACAUAAAAAACUGCCACAAAAAAUGGAUAUUGACGAACAAACAGAAACGAUUCACAGAGAACCUUUGAAAUCUGAAAAUAGUAAGCCUGUCAAUCCAGGAUUGAAAAGGUCCCAUUCUAGUCCUAAUCUUCAGGUAAAAAGGCUUAAGACCAGCAAUCAUAAAUUGCAAGAUAAGCCAAUAAUCGACAGAGGAUCAAAACCAACUGUCACCAAUAUACCGAAAAUAAAUCAAUUGGAUAGAGAAGCGCGUUUUGAGCCCGUUUAUGGUGCACAGAGGCAUCCAGGCAUAACUGGACUGAAGAAUUUAGGCAACUCGUGCUACAUGAACAGCAUCGUUCAGUGCUUGAGCAACACCGAGCUUCUAGCCGAGUACUUUAUCAAAAACUGUUACAUGAACGAUCUGAAUCGCAAUAGCAACAUCAACAACAACAAUAACAAAACCAGCUGCUCGGCCUACGUAGCCGAGGAAGUAGCUCAGGUCAUCAAAGCGCUAUGGCGUGGACGCUACAAAAGCAUCUCGCCGAGGGACCUCAAAGUCGUCGUGGGCCAGUAUAAGCUCCAAUUCGAGAGCUACGAUCAGCAGGAUUCCCAUGAAUUCCUCAUGUUCCUGCUCGACUGGAUGCACAACGACCUCAAGGCCGACCAAGUAACACCAUCGAUCCACGAGAUUCAGAGUGUGGCUCAAAAAGAGUGGGAAAAGUCCAUGAUGGGCAAGAGCUCCAUCAUCUCGGAACUGUUCUUUGGUCAGCUAAAGUCGACCAUCACGUGCAUGACCUGCGAACAGAAGAGCUCGACUUAUGAGACUUUCAACAGCCUAACCAUGUCCCUGCCGGGGACGAACAAAUGCGGUCUUGACGACUGCGUGAAGAAAUUCUUAAGCGGCCAGAAAGUGUCCGAGUGGAAUUGCCCGAACUGCAAGGUACCGCGCGAUGGUAUCAAAAAGUUUGAUUUCGCCCGCUUACCGGCCAUCGUCGUCAUCCAUCUCAACCGAUUUGGCGAAACGGGGGGCUGGCUCGAAAAGAAAAACACCACUGUCGACUUUCCGCUGCACAAUUUCAAUCUGCGACCUUAUCUGGAUGGAAAUGAGACGCAUGGCAAGCGCUUCGCCAACUACAAUUUGUACGCCAUGUCCAAUCACUAUGGUACUAUGGACGGUGGACAUUAUACGGCUUAUUGCAAACACGGACAUCAGAACAAGUGGUACAAAUAUGAUGAUCAUACGGUAAUGGAAGUACCAGCAAGCGACGUGAAAAACCAGAGCAACAGCGCAUACCUGUUGUUCUACUCCGCUGUCUCAUCAAAUAACUACCUAAACAGCUAAAAUCAGCUCAAGGCACUUGAGGUGCACAAGCCUCUGCAAUAACCAGAGGCUGGUAAACAAACCCACAACACCUGCCUUAGAUUGCUGGUACGAUGGACCCGGCCAAGCAAUCGAAUUUGCAAUUCGGAGACGAUUGAAAAAGCCAAAAUCUAUGGGAAUCUAUCAGUUUCCUCGAGGUUCUCGAGGCUUCAAAGACACGGCGAUGUUUGCAAAAACUUUGUUAUUAUACAAAGUUGAGAAAGAAAGGAACAGGACCAACUCGCUUGCGGCUCUGUUUCUUGAAGCAAGAUGAAAACGCGGGAGUAAAUGACGCGAUGACAAUUCUUUAGAUAUCGUUUAAUACAUUUGUACAAGAAUGUAAAUAUAUAUUUAUAUAUUACAUACGCGCGUGGUUUAAGCAAGUUAAUUGUUUUCUGCCCAAGGGCAUUGUUUGUUGCAACGAUUUAAAAGUAUGUAGCUGCGUCGCUCAGUGCUUUACAUGGUAUUUUUGUUAUAUAUUUAUAAUAUAGAUAUAUAUUGUAUAUACAUUGUUACACAAUCAAAUAGCAUUUCAAAAAAAAUCUCAUGAUAUUGUUUCAGUAUUGCAUUUAUAGAAUUUUUUUGCGAUGUGUUUUGGAAUUGCAGAAAAAUAUUUCCAAUGCACUGUUUUAUUUUCUCAGAUCGGGUAUCUCUUUUAUAUAGUUUUUGAAAAUUAUUGUACAUAGUCUCAAAUGAAUGAACUAGAAUGACAAUUGUAAAUAUAUAUGUGUAAUUAACUCAAUUCAAAGGAGAUACCCACUUUUUAAAUUACAUCACAUAUGCAUUUGAUCUUGAAAAUUAUCAUGUUUAUUUUACUCUUUACAAAUAGCAAUUUGAUAUUUAGGCUGUAAGUCACAGGCAACUUUUUAUUGAAUAAUAAAAGAUAAACAGUUAAAA